ACCAACCAAAAAAACCAACCUACAAAAUGUUCAAAGUUCUGUUCGUGCUCGUUGCCAUUGUUGCCGCCGCUCAGGUCUAUGCGCAUCCCGGCGUAGUAGCCGUGGCGCCCGUUGUCGCCGCGCAUCCCGCCGUGGUGCACAGCCCGAUCAUACACCAUGGCGCCCACUCGGUGCACUCGCAUGUGGUGCAUCAUCCGGCGCCCGUCAAGGUUCUGCAUCCCGUUGUCGCCAAGCCCGUGGUCGCCGUGCAUGCCGUGCAUGCCGUGAAGCCCAUUGUGCCCCUGGUGCCCGUGCAUCAUGCCGCACCCGCUGUCGUUGUGCAUCAUUAAGAUAACCUAAGCCCGAUUCCCAAUUCCCAAUGCCCGUCGCCCGACUCCCGUUCCCGUUCCCAGAUCCCGCCCAAAUCCGCGGCAAUAAAAGUUCAU